AUGUCCUCAGGAAAAGAAGAAGGAGAACCCAUGGUCAUCAGUUCGAGUGAUGACGAGGGUCUCGUCGUUGUCAAUAACUCCCUGACUGCCGAUCACCUGCCCCUCGGCGAACAUGAUGAAGAGGAUCGACAGUCUGCGACUAGAAUCUGCGAACUACUGAACGAACACAGGGAAAGCAUGCCCCGAUCAGUCCGCGAUAAAAUCAUCAAGAUGCUGAAGGACGGCAUCUUCCACCACACAGCCGCAUCCAAGAUCCGACCCUCCAAGCACCAACUGUGCCAGAAGAUGUGGGACUCGGAGGCCAGGGCACCAAACUGGAUCCAUAUCACCUAUGAGAACUGGUUCAUUCUCUCCGGCGUCUAUGACCAGAAGAAGCUGUCUGAAAGUACUGGCGGUAACAGUAUCAUGAAGGCUCUCCAACGCAGAUACGGGUAUGAUCUUAGUACCAAUCUCGCCUACAGGAACGGACUCCUUAACGCGGGACUUCAUGCGCGAGAGUUUGUAACUCAGAUCAGCUCAAUUGUAUUGAUACACGAGGAAAGGUUCGCCAAGCAAGAGCUCGACACCGAAAAGCUAAAGCUCGCGAACGAAAAGCGAGAUUUAGACAUCGAAAAGCUAAAGCUCGAGAUUGAAAAGCUAAAGCUAGACAAUAAAAAGCUUCACGAUCAGGUCGGAGCUGUAGAACUGGGAGACAAAAGUUUUCGCGAUCAGGUCGAAGCCAGCUCUUCUGCUGCCAAUGACGGAUUCUACGACAUGGACUAUUGCCGAGAUGAGGAUGAUGAUGAGUAUUAUGAUGACCCGAGGUUAUGGGAAGAUUGA